AAUGCCGCGCCUCCUUCACUACUACUCCUAGCCGCUGGCCUCUCUUCUCCCCCACAUCGCCGCCCAAUUCUCUUCUCUUCUCUUCUCUUCUCGCCGCCGACGCGCGCCCGGCCAUGGGCUGCUUCCUCGGCUGCUUCGGGGGCGACAAGUCCAAGAAGGAGCGCCGCCACCGCCGCCGCAAGCAGCGCUCCCCCUCGCACUCCCCCUCCAAGGCCCACCGCGACGCCGAGGCCGCCUCCGCCGCCGCCCCGCUCCUCGCCACCCUCCUCGAGCUCAGGGAUUCGGCCGAUGACUUGUGCCUGGCCGUCGUCGCCAAGAAGAAGGUGACGUUCGACCCCAACGUCACGGCCUACGAGGCGCCCCCGAUCCCGGAGGGUGAGGAGGAGAAGGAGGAGGCGGAGGGCCGCGCCGCGGCCAAGGGCGAGGAGGAGGCGUGGACGCUGCUGGGGCCCGAGUGCGCCAAGUCGGAGGCGUUCCCGCUCAACCACAGGUACGGCAACUGCGCCGGCGCCGACGACGACAGCGACUACGAGGACUGCUACGACGACGACGACGACGAUGAGUACGAGUACGAGGACGAUGAGGACGAGGAGGAGGACGGCAUCGACGAGUGCGCGGUGGACGACGACGAGGAGCACGGCGGGCUGCUGGCCAUCGCGCGCGGCGAGGAGGAGGCGUGCGAGUCGCUCUUCCUGCUCCCAGCACCCAAGACCACCGCCAAGGACAGCACCGGCCAGACUGGAGCCGCAGCUGAGGCGCCCGCAGCCGAGGUGCUCAGCUCGGUGGACAACUUCAGCCAGUGGAAGGACGCCACCAAGCCUCACACAGCCGUGACGAAGGAUUCAGAGAAAGAGAACUUGGCCUGGCUCUCCGACCCUGCGACGGUCCCUGCGAUGAAGCAAGAGAAGCCGGCGGUGAGCUGGGACUACACCCCCAGGACGCCGAGCAAGCAGGAGGCGUCGGUGGACGCGAGCCUGUCGACGUGGCUGGGCUCCUCGGGGACGCCGGAGAGCAACUACUCGGUGCGGUGCUACUCGCCGGUCAGCCGGGAGGACCGGCCCAUCCUCGGCGCCCUGACCGUGGAGGACAUCAAGAUCUCCUCGGCCAACUCGUCGCCGAGACGGUCGCGGUCCCCGAGCCCGAGCCCGGACGACAUGCCGAUCCUGGGCACCGUGGGGGCUUACUGGAAUUGCAGCGACGGCAAGGGAGGCCAUGACGGCUCGGUGACGAGAGGCGGGUUCAUGAAGACCAGGAGCAGAUUUGGGCAGGUGAGCUCUUAGCUUGAGCGAAUUGAGCUUUGGUCGAUGCAUUUCCAGGCUCCAAAUGUGCGGUGCUCAUGAUGUUGGCAUGAUGAAAAUGGCGAAUUGGGUUGCUCCUGAAUUAUGAAAAUAGGCUAGAAAGAGCUGUGAAUUAAGAGAGAAGAUACUGUGUGAGUGGGUGAUUGUUGUUCCAUGGGAGGAAGAGCUUUCUAUUCUUUUAUGUGUUUGUAAACAUGUCAGCAAUUCUACAUAGCAGUAGCACUAUGGUAUUCUUUUUGUGUGGCAAUGUUAAUAUGAUGUAUUAUUAUUAUAAGUCUUUGUAGGUUUAGCAUUAUUGUAUUAUUAUUUCUCCCUUUGUCAAUAAUAAUCAAUAUGAUGUGCUACUUACUGCA